UCACAUCGGCACUCUCGUAUUAGUCGAGCAUGGAGGACCAGGCGCUGCGGAGCCUGCUCCAGAUGUUGGCCGCUGUAGCUGAGAUGAACUCGGACUUCUGCGCCGCCGCGGCCGCCUACCUGCGCCGGCGGAGGGACAUCAUCCGGGCUCUGUGCCUCAGGUCCGGGCUCCGGGCCGGGCGGCGGAGGAACCGGCGGCCCGCAGCGGAGCGCCGCUUCUGGGUGAGGCCGGGCCGGAGCAGCGCCUGGUGGGACCACUUCACCAGCGGAGCCGCGGCUCCGGAGGACUGGAGGGACAACUUCCGCAUGUCCCGAGAGGCCCUGGUCCAGCUCAGCGACAGGCUGCGGCCGCACGUGCAGGGAGAGACAACAGCGAUGCGCGCGCCCGUGGAUGUGUUGACAAAAGUUGCGUGCACACUAUUUUACCUGAGUGACGUGGGCAGACUCCGGAAGACCGCGGACGCGUUCGGCCUGUCCCGGUCCUCGGUCUCGGUCUUCAUCAGACAGGUGUGCAGGGCCAUCUCCGUGGUUCUGGGCCCGGACUACAUCCGGACUCCGAGCAGCGAGCAGGAAGUGGAGGACCUGGUGCGGGGGUUCAGCCGAGCCCACGGCCUGCCCCAGUGCCUCGGGGUCCUGGACUGCACCCACGUGGCGGUGAAGGCACCGGCGCGGCGGUCCUCGGACUACGUCAACGCCGCGGGGACGCACUCCCUCAACGUGCACGCUCUCUGCGACUACAGGUCCUGCUUCCUGGACGUGGUGGUGAAGUGGCCCGGCGGGGCGCACGACGCCCGCGUCUUCACCGAGUCCAGACUCAACUCAGACCUGAGGGACGGGACCAUCCCCCCCUGCCCCAAAGAGCUGCUGCAGGGCGAGGCGGCCGUCCCGGUCUAUCUCCUAGGAGACGCGGCCUUCCCGCUGCGCCCCCAGCUGAUGAAGGAGUACCCGGCGGGCGGCGAGACGGCGGCGGAGCGGCGGUUCAACCGGGCGCUGAGCGGGGCGCGCUCCGUGAUGCGCGCGGCGCUGGGGCGGCUGAGGGCGCGCUGGGGCGCCCUGCGGCGCGCCAUGGACCUCAGCGUGGACGCCCUGCCCGCCGUCCUCCACGCCUGCUUCGUCCUGCACAACUACUGCGAGGCGCGCGGCGAGGCGGUGGCCGAGCGGAGCCUGAACGCAGCGCUGCAGCACGACCGGGACGCCCAGCCGCCGCCCUGCGUCUCCGUGGAGACGGGGGACCAGGACGCCGAGGGACGGGCAGUGAGACGCGUGCUGACCGAGUUCCUCGACGCGCGGCGGCGGAAACUAGAGUCCGACCGAUGGAGAAAAAUAUAAAAACGAUGUAAACACGUAAACAA